AUGGCCGGGGCGGCGGGCAGAGACAGAGACGCGCUGUCGGCGCACACGCUGCUGUUCGACCUGCCGCCCGCGCUGCUGGGCGAGCUGUGCGCGGUGCUCGACAGCUGCGACGGCGCGCUGGGCUGGCGCGGCCUGGCGGAGCGACUUUCAAACAGCUGGCUGGAUGUCCGCCAUAUUGAAAAAUAUGUAGACCAAGGUAAAAGUGGAACACGAGAAUUGCUUUGGUCCUGGGCCCAGAAGAACAAGACCAUUGGUGACCUUUUACAGGUUCUCCAGGAAAUGGGGCACCAUCGAGCGAUCUGCUUAAUUACAAACCAUGGAGCAGUUUUGAAUCCUUCAAAGCAAAGACUUCAAGAAGAUCGAUUUCAACACCCGCCUUCCAAGAAAACAACCAGUGUCACAGUGGAUAAUGUUCUUGUUCCUGAACAUAAUGAAAAAGGCAUAUUAUUUAAAUCCUCCAUAAAUUUUCAAAAUAUCAUAGAUGGAACCAAAAAUUUCCACAAAGACUUCCUAAUUGGAGAAGGGGAGAUUUUCAAGGUAUUCAGAGUAGAGGUCCAAAACCGAACCUAUGCUGUUAAAUUAUUUAAACAGGAGAAUAAAAUGCACUGUAAGACACAAUGGAAGAGGUUCUUAUCUGAGAUUGAAGUUUUACUAUUGUUUCAUCAUCCAAACAUACUAGAAUUCGUUGCAUAUUUUAUGGAGACUGAGAAGUUGUGUCUGGUAUAUCCAUAUAUGAGAAACGGAUCACUUUCUGACAGGUUGCAGUGUGUCGGUGACACGGCCCCGCUCUCUUGGCACAUUAGAAUCAAUAUAUUAAUAGGAACAUCCAAAGCCAUUCAAUACUUGCACAACACCAAACCAAUCUCGAUCAUCUGUGGCAGUAUAUCCAGUGCAAAUAUACUUUUGGAUGAUCAGUUUCAACCCAAACUAACUGAUUUUUCCAUGGCACACUUCCGACCACAUUUGGAACAGCAGAGUUCCACCAUAAGCACGACGAGCAGCAGGAAUAAACAUCUAUGGUAUUUUCCAGAAGAAUAUAUCAGACAGGGCAAAUUUUCUGUUAAAAUAGAUGUCUACAGCUUUGGAAUUGUGAUAAUGGAAGUUCUGACAGGUUGUAAGGUUGUGUUGGAUGAGCCUAAGCAUAUCCAGCUGAGGGAUCUCCUGAUGGAAUUGAUGGAGAAGAGAGGCAUCGAAUCCUGCUUCUCAUUUUUAGAUAAGAAAGUGUCUCCCUGUCCUCAAAAUUUCUCUGUUAAGCUCUUCUCAUUGGCUGGCCAGUGUGCUGCAACACGAGCAAAACUGAGACCAUCAAUGGACGAAGUUCUAUCUACUCUGGAAAGUACUCAAGCCAGUUUAUAUUUUGCUGAAGACCCUCCGACCUCAUUAAAGUCCUUCCGGUGCCCUUCUCCUCUAUUUUUGGACAAUGUACCAAGUAUUCCAGUGGAAGAUGAUGAAAAUCAGAAUAAUUAUUCACUGCCUGAAUUUAGUGAUUUGAGAGAAAAAAGAAAGACUUCAAAAAUCCCCUUUGAAUGUAGCCAGUCUGAGGUUACAUAUCUGGGCUUGGCUGGAAAGACUGGGAGUAAAGGAAAUAUAGAUGCUUAUAACAUACCUAGUUCUUCUUGUGAAGAAAGUUGGUCUCCAAAGGGUAGAGCUUCAUUCCAGAACUUGGAGGCUGAUAGUCUGAAUAUACACCCUGCUGCAGAAGUUCAAGGCCACUCUUCUAGGGCCAGGCCAGUGGAAAGUAGCUGCUCUUCCAAUUUUUCCUGGAGAGAAUGUGAUCAGUCCAAAAAGGAAUGAAUUUCAGCAGAGAAUUUAAAAUUAUUGUAAUGCAGAGACACCCGAGACACCCUCAUCUUGGGAAGCAAUCAUCAUCAGAAAAAAAUUUCUGUAAGGAAUGCCGAGAAGCUGAACAUCAUGAAUGCCAGAAAGCCUGGAAAAUUCCAUUUCUUCCUUGCCAACUCCCAAAGCAGAGUGACU